GGCUUACAAAGAAUUUAACAAUUUGUAAACUCAACAGAAGAAAGAAAGUUUUCUCGAAAGUCGGACGUACUAAGCGGUUGUUGUAUAAGAUCUUACAGCUUAUUUCAAAGUAAAAGAAACUUAUAUCGCACGCGUACGUUCACGUAAAGCCAAGCUAAGCCUAAGACUAGAAACAAAAGAAGAAACAAAAUUAAUUCAACGAAUAAUUGUGAAAGUUUCUUGAAAAAAAAAUAAAAAAAAAUAAAAAUUCAAAAAUUCAAAAAUUAAAUUAUUAAUAAAAAUACUAAAUAAUGUGGCCAGCAAGAGUAAAUGUUGUGCUUGUCGUGGUGUGUAUAAAUCUUUCUUUAGGUUAUUCAAGCCAACAAGGUAAGCGAUCGUCUGAAGACGAAUCAAAUCCUUUACUGGAUAUGGCUUCGAUGUUUAUUCAGGAGGCCUUCAGCGGUCAAAACAAUAAUGCCGCACGUAGCGAUAGUAAUGGGGCUGGUCUAGCCGGCGUUGCUUCCUUGCUUGGCUCCCUUAUGCAUGCGAAUGCGGGAAAUGCGGGAGGGCAAAACACCGAUGCCGGUUCGGGAGCUAUGCAAAUUCUCUCGGGUAUAGGCACUCUUCUAGCCAACGCCGGUACCAGCAACGGUCGUUCAAGUACCACUGGCGGUUUUGAUUCAUCACUAAUUGGCAACGUUUUAGAGAUGUUCACACAGCCGAAUGCCAAUGAAGGAGACAACGAUAGCCAGGCGUCGGCAAAGAGCAAACGGAAUACGGAUGGAUCGUUUGAUUUCAAUUCCAUUAUUCAAAUUGCCUCUGCUUUUCUCAAUCAGGACGGUAACAGAAGCCAUCAAAACCGUGAGCGGCAAAAGCGUUCUAUCGAAUCAAAUAACGAAAGCAAUAUACAAAACGGAAAUGGUUUAAUGGAACUGUUGCCGUUAAUUAUGCAAGCGAUUAAUUCAUUUAAUGGUGCAGAAGGUCAACACGUCCAUGAAAAGCAUAGAGGUCACGCCUGGGUGUUACCACCAUUUCUAGAACACAUUCAUGUGUUAUGGGACCAUUUUUCCAAUUCAGAAUUGGGUGAAGCAUUAUAUGAGCGAUCCGGCGUUAAUCAAAUUUUAAAAGGAUUUAAAGACCGGAAUGGAAAAUUGGAAUUUAAUAAAUUAUUCGAAUCGUUGAACAACCAAUCGUUUCGCAGACGCUGGAUAAAAUCAGCUACACUUUAUUUAGCUGACUGGGCCAGUUAUCUGGCCAAUCCCGACGUUUACUCAAGGUAUUUCCAAACUGCUCAGCUAAUGUUUAAUGGUUUUCUGAAAGCUCAGGGAUAUCCCAAGAGUACCCAUUUCGAUCCUACACGUCCCAGCGAGACUAUAUCAAAUCUGAUCGAUUAUAUGGCUAAACAUCAUUUGAAUGUUAAGAUCGAUUCGCGCCAGUACGUUAAACCUGCGGUCGGUUACUCCAAAGAACUACUAAAGCUUGGUCAAGCAAGAGGUCUUCUUCAAUUUAACGCCACUGAUUUAAGCAAUAAAUUAACGGACACUUUAAAUUUAGAGGUUAUUGAACCGGUUCUGAAAGUUCAUCGUGCGUACCGAUAUAUUGCAAAACAACCGCACUGCGACCGUUACGUUUUAUGUCAGUUAAAUACUCCAGAACAGUUUACAAGGGAUAAAAAAUCGAAUGCUCUUAUCUCGGGUGUUAGCUCAAAAAUUCUUAAAGUUGGUAGCAUAGGUGCUGCCUUUUUUAUUAGCACCGAAACUGAAACACCAUUUUGGACCCUGCUAAAUGUUAUUAAUGCAGCAGCCGAUUGUGACAUUAAGUACCCUGUCGAUUGUAAUGGUUUUCACGAAGGUGAAGCUAAAGUGACGACAGAAUAUGCACAUAACGAAUUGUAAAAUUGGAAAAUAAAUCAUCUCUCUUUCGGCGUAAAAUCUUAUUAUAACUAAACUAUACAUAUA